AUGUCAAUCAGUAUUAGCGCUCGGUCGAAACUACCAAAGAAACGGCGCAGAGUGCUACCAGUCGAGCAGCCUAGAAGAAAACGCGACGUCAGCGCCUCCAACCGUCGUGUUAAUGCCGUGAAACACCCCGUAGUACUGAAGGACCUGCCUCCGGGAGGCAAUAAGUUUGGUGUUAACGGCAUGAACAUGAUCAGCUUGGCACUCCAGGGUCCAACCACAAACCUGCUUCGACCACCAACUACAGCAGCAAUGCCUCUUCAAGCAAGGGCACCUAUUGUGGAGAGUCCAGUUAUCAACACGCAGUCUGGAGCGAUCUCGCUAGCGUCUCUUCAACCGCCUCUAAUGACCGCCCCGCCCCUGCAACCAAGACCUGCAACUACCGGCUCCUUAGACCUCAUGCUGCCAUUACAACCCAAGUUACUACCAGGUUUCAACCUACAGUCUUCAUUCCUAUCAAACACCCUCUCCACAGUACGACCACCAGAUAUUGAUAAAAAAGAUGACUUUUAUAAACCAAGGAUUGAAGUUAUUGUAGAAAAAAGAGAAAUUGAGGACAGUGACACUGUCGAAGAUUCAAAUAAAAUAGACCAAAUAAAUGGUUACAGUGAAUGUAGCAACCAUAAUAUAUCUGAAGUAGUUGAUAAUGAUAAUGUGAUGAAAGAUGAAAUUAAUUCUAAUUUAAUAGAUACUAAUAGUACUGUGACUUCGAAUGAUAAUGAUGAUAGUCCAAAUAACAAUUCUUAUUAA